AUUGAAUUAACAGAAAGUUGAAGAAUAUAAACAAAAAGUUAUAAAAUUUUGGAAAUCAGGAAAAAAACAUAAAUUAAAAUUUGCAACAGUUCAAGCAAGAUUUAAACGUGUUUCAUCAAAGCAACAAUUGUAUACAUGGGAAAAAGAAAUUUCAGAAGGUGAAAAUACUAAAGAAAAAUUAAAAAAACUAUCAGAAUAUGUAUUAUCUCAAUUUGAAGAUGCUUUACAAAAAUGUUUACCAAUUCAUGAUUUAGAUAUUCGCAGAUGGGCUUUGAAUGCUAGAAAUCAAUUGCAAUUAUCGGAAGAUUUUUUUAAAGCAUCUGAUAAAUGGAUUCAUAAUUUUAAACAGAAGCAUCAUAUUGUUUCUAGAAAAAUUAAUAAAUUUAUAACGCAGAAAAGUUUAACAAAUAUUAAUAAAUUAAAAACAGAGGCUAGCAAUUUUGUAGAAAAAGUAAAAACAGAACUUUUACUAAUUGGAGCAGAAAAUGUUUUUAAUUCUGAUCAAUCAGGUUUUAAUUUAGAAAUGCACACAGGACGUACUUUAUCUUUUCGAGGAAAACAAAAAAUUGAAACAUUAACACAAUCGAUAAGUUCUAUGACUCAUAGUUAUACAAUUCAGCCAAUCAUAUCAGCAAGUGGUUCUCUUUUAUCACCGCUAUUAAUUAUUUUACAGGAAAAAGAUGGAAAAUUUGGACCUCAAGUAGAACAAAAUCUUUUUAGAGCUGAUAAUGUUGUCGCAUUACCUUCAAACUCUGAUUCAUGGAGUGGCCAAAAUUCGAAACAAUUAGAAACAAUGGACACAUUAUCCAAAAAUAUAAAAAUUUUAACAAUUCCUGCUGGGACGACCGGAAUGAUUCAACCUCUCGAUGUCUUAGGUUUCAGAAUCUGGAAAAAUUAUAUUAAACAUUUCUCUGACAUGAUUCUUUUAUAUAACUACGAUGUAAACUUACAUUUGCGAAACAAUAUUAUUAAACUCCAGUCACUUAUUCAUAAUCAAUUUUCUUCUCCUCGGUUUAUAAAUUUAUUUAAAUAUUCGUGGUACAAAAACAGAUAUUUACAGGAAAAACCACCUAAAUUUGAUAAUCCCCACCCAAAGAAAUUCGGCAGAAAACUGUGUUGUUUGCCCCGCAAACCGAGAUAUUAUUGA